AUGUCAACACCUCAGUUAUCUCCUCCCACGGCUACGGCUGGAGCUCCUGGACCCCCGCUUCCGCCCGGCUGGGAAGCCAACUGGAGCCCUGAGCACAACACAUGGUAUUAUAUCUUCACUGCGACGGGUUCGACGCAAUGGGAGCUUCCAGGCUUUCAACCACCGCAACCACCCUUCACACCCAUCAGCCCAGCUCUAGAUAAACAAGCCCCGGCACCAGACCAGCAGAAUAUCAUUCCAGAUCAACAGAGCCUAGCCACAGACCAACAAUCUCUCGAUGCCAACCAAACAAGAGCGUUCCCUUUCCCGGACCAACAACUUCCUCCACCCGAUCAAUACCCAAGUGAUCCUCUGCAAGGAGGGGGACCACCUCCGCAGGAUGGAGAUCGUGGUCUGGGAACAACUGCUCUGGCCCUGGGUGGUGGGUUUCUGGCAGGCAAUGCCUUUGGCCACCACCACCACGGGGGAAGCGGCGCGGGCCUUGGCAAAAUGGCCGCAUCCUUCGCCGCAGGUGCUAUCGGGACCAAAGUGUUCGGUUUUCUAAAGAACAAGCCCCAAAAGCAACCAACAUACGCGCCGCAGCCACAGCCUCAACCCCAAGUGCAGCCACAGGUUCAUUAUUAUCCGGUGUACAUGUCUGGUCCCUCAGGUCCUCCGCCGCAGGGAAUGAUGACGCCUCCAGGGCUGAUGACACCGCCUCACGCUCCUCCGCCUUCGUAUCACGGCUAUGGACAGCCUCCCCCAGUGACACAAAAUUUCGGACACAACUCCUCCCCUGCUCCCAAUGGUCCACCACCCGGAUUCCAGUCUCCGGCUGUUCCUGCUAUGGGUAGCUUUGCACCCCCUAGCGGACCGCAACUACACAUCCAUGCGGCCGCGUUUGGUGACAAGAACGUCACGGACCUUGUCAGGAGGCUAGUGACCCCACAGCAAGAGCUAUUGCUACAAGGAGAAAACCUGGUAGAGAAGCUUGGCGACCCAUGGCCCGAGGUAGAACGCAAGAUGUUCAGUGUUCUUUAUUCGUAUGGUGAACGCCCAAUGGAACUUCUCGUUGAAUGCUCAAACAAAGCCAACAUUGAAAUAAAGAAUGAGGCUAUAUCGAAAACGAGGAUGGACUUUUGCCACGCGCCUCCCUCUCGAAUUGUUGCCUGUGUGUGGGGUACAGAGAACCCAUUAACAAUACAACGACUCGAGAAGCUAGAACAAGAAGGUGAAAUGGAAGGCUCGGCCGGUAUACUGGGAGAUGGUGGCUUCUACGGCUGGGAGCCAAAAGCACUUGUCUGCUACUAUAGGACGGAGGCCGGAAACGUUGACAUCAAGUUUUGCAGAGACGGGGGCACCAUCCGUCUUCCUUGGAAUCCGCUAGCCAAGUGGUCUUGA